AUGCUGGGUCCUUCGCUCUUUGGUCUCAAUCUCCGCGACUCGUCUCUGAUUGUUCUCUUCUUCACGUUGCUGUCAACGUUGGCCCCGGCCCUUCUCGCAACGCUUGGUCCCAAAACGGGUAUGCGCUCGACGAUACAAGCGCGAUGCAGCUUCGGGCGCUACCUUGUAUCGGUGCUAGUCAUCCUCAAGCUCGCUACAUGGAUUAGAUUUUGUAUCAUUGUUUGCGUCGUUGGUGACCAGUGUUCAUCGGCCGGCACCAAUGGUGCUCUCAGCCGGCUUGUAGUUCAAUGUUUAGAUCCUGAGAACCAAAAUAAAUUUCACAUGAUCUGA